AGUCAGCCAGACCAUGAUUGAGCUUAAGGAUUGUGCUGCGGAUGCAGCCUGUGCAGUUCCGGGAGAAAGUCACUGUCUCGGGCAAUGCGGUCUGGUAUCAGGUCUGGAUGAUCCUUGCCUGACUGCGGGUUUGUGUACACCUCAAUCCGACUCUGUGUCCUGAACAGAGGCCGCAGUGGUGCAGCGCUUGUGGACGAUCCAUCAACAUCCUGAAAGGUCAACACUACACUAAGCUGGGAAAAUUGAUCCUGAUAGUCAUCCCCAGCAUAUAACAUGGAUAACGGGUAUUUUCAAAUGUACGAGUACCAGGUGCCGGCGUGGGCACAGCACUUGAACCACAUACCGUCGCAUAUUGUAAAGUUGACAACACUGAACACCCCGAUACAUCGCUGGAGCCUGCCUGGAGUACCGGAAGGCUUCCAAGUGUUCAUCAAACGCGAUGAUCUGACUGGCACAGAACUAUCUGGAAACAAGGUCCGCAUUCUACAGAUUCUGUUCGCCGAGGCCCUGAAGCAAGGAGCUCGUCACGUGGUGACUGGGGGCGGUCCGCAGUCGGGUCACUGCCGGGCAGUGGCUCUCACUUGCCGCCAGCUGGGGCUGACGCCCCACGUUGUUGUGGAUGGGGUUUCAAAGAAAGAAGAACUCGGUGCUAAAGGCAACACCCUGCUGUAUCGGAUGGCAGGAAGUGAUUUGUACCUGUCACCCUCGUGCUCGUACGGGGCGUUCAAACAGAGAGUGUGCAGCAUGGCAGGGUAUAUCAGCGCCAAGUACCAGGAGCCGUGUUAUUGUAUCCCGGUUGGGGGAGCCACGGCCUCGGGAAUGUUCGCGUUCAUCUCGCUCUUCCAGGAGCUCAUUGACCAGGGACUUUAUGAGAACUUUGAUGACAUUGUCGUGACUAUAGCGACAGGCGGCACAGCAGCCGGCAUUGCGGUCGGUAAUUAUCUGACCGGAUCCAAACUGAGAAUUCACGCAGUUUCUAUCGCCAUGACUAAGGAGAAACUGACACCGUUUGUCGACCGGAUGUUGUCGGACAUAGGGCUCUCCGUGGGAACCGACGACAUCAUGGACAUCGUGGAGGGCUACAUCGGAGAGGGGUACGGGACCGCUUCGGACGAGCUUCUAGAGACUAUCACUAACGUUAGCGCUAGUACAGGCAUACUUCUGGAUCCUUAUUACACUGGAAAGGGCGCGCAGGGGUUGCUUGAGGAGCUCAAGAAAAAUCCCACAAGAUUUCAAGGAAAAAGAAUCCUAUUCAUACACACCGGUGGUAUAUUCGGGUUAUUCAACGGUGAGAUGGACCGCGUCGUGAACCUUCCGGGUAACCAUGCCAACAACAUCAAUGAGUGGCCAGAGAGAGACAUUCCUCUAGUUCAAUGAAAUAAAUGUUACACUGAUCGAUUUAAUAUUAAGUAGGGUUUUCAUCAGACAAACAUAUACAUGUGUAUUCCUCGUCAAUGGUAACCAUGGGAACAAUAUCAAUGUGUGGUCACGUCCCAGCGCAGCACACAUUCAUUGAGUUAUAGGAAAGUGUAGAGUAGUCACAACGGUCGACUUGUUUUUGUAUAGUAUUUACACCUGACAAAUUUAAGACUGUCUUAUCUCCAGUAACCACCCCAACAACAUAAUUGAGCUCGAUUGGUCAUGGUCGGCUCGGGUACUACUAAAAUGUACACCGAUACUAUUAAGUAUAUUUAAUAUACCCCGGGUACGGAAAAUAUGCUUACACGUACCCGGCCAAUUUAGACUGUACCCGAGUUUUAUUCCCGCCCAAAAUCCGAUGUCGUUAAACGCGCUAGGAAAUACGAAACACAAUUCUCCUUGAACAAAACCUGCCUCAAAAUGCUUUUUUAAGUGGGAGUUUCGAUAAUAUAAAGGCUAUUUUACAAAAAAUGGAUAUACAUAUUAGCAUAAUUAAUUUGAAAAAUAAUAGCCGACAACGACCGAUUUAGCGUUCGAACUCCCGGGUACAUUUCAGUGUAUUUGACAUACGCGGGGUACAUUUAAGUAGUACUCGCGCCGACAAUGACCAGUCGAGUCAUAAUUGAUGAGCGGCUUGAAGAUGACAUUUCUCUUGCCGCCAUGAAUUUACCGAGAUUGAGAGUUGAAGAUAACAAAAGGACGCUUGCAUGUUGCGUUUUGUUUAAAAAAAAAAAGAUAGCGAACGUAUACAGCGCAUUAUUUGUUUACUGAAUUUAUUUCUUUAGAAAGUUUCUACUUAAUGACAUAUAAUAAUAAUAAUAAUAAUAAUAAUAAUAAUAAUAAUAGCUUCAUUUACAGAAGGUAACACAUAAAGACAAUGACACAUUAUACAUAUUAUGCAGAUGAAUCAAUACUUUUUUUACAAUGUGGCCUUCUUGAAAUAACAUUCACAAAUAGGUCUACAACAAUAAAACAUUCAAACAAUAUUUUUUCUUUCACCCAUACAUAACACACAUUUUGCCUUUUAGACAGACAUGCACGAAAUAGCAUUGCUAAGAAAAUAACAUGACAUAUCAUUGAUUAGAAAAUAAAUGUGCUUUAUAUUGCCUUUUAAAGGCAGAGAUAGAGCAUGCCAUUCUUAUUUCAAUUGGUAUACUGUUCCAAAUAUCCAUGCUAUGGUAUGAAAAAGCUCUUUUCUUAUAACCUGUUUUCGCUUUGGUAUUAACAAUAUCGUUAUGAAUUACAUAUCUUAAGUUAUAUUUGUGAUUUCGAGAAAAAGUUAUAAUAUCAUUUAAAUUUUCUGGAGUCUGAUUGUUGACACAUUUAUAUAUCAAGAUUGCCGUGUGGUAUUUACAUCUAUUAUUAAAGGAGAGCCAAUUAAGCUGUAAAAACAAAUCUUUGGAUGGUGUUCUAGUUGGCUUUUGUAAAAUGACUUUCGCUGCGCGUUUUUGUAAAACAUUCACUUUUGUUAGAUUGGUUUUAUUAGCGUUGCCCCAGAUCGUACAACAGUAAUCGAAUGUGUGUUUAGAAUAUAUGAAUUAUGAAACAAUUUCUCUAUAUCAAAAUUGAGAUAAUUUGAUAUCUUUUUUAGCAGAUUUAUUUUACUUCUUAUUUUAUAGCAUGUUUUAUCAAUGUGUACUUUCAAUUGCAGAUGUUUGUCGAUAUAAAGUUCUUAAAUCUUAUGGCUAGUGACAUUUUUAAUACUUAUGUUAUCUAUUUUCAGAUCAAGGUUGAUAUUCUUAAUUGUUUGUUUCGAGUCAAUAAGCAUGCAUUUUAAUUUAUUAGGGUUUAUCAUCAUGUUAUUGAGGGUGCAACAUUUUUGUAUGGAAUAAAUAUCAUUUUGUAAGUUA